UGUGACCUUAGUGAUAGCCAGCUUGACCUUUCCCCCUGGAUUUGGACAGUUCAUGGCUGGAGAGCUGAUGCCCAGAGAAUGCAUCAACUCCCUGUUCGACAACUUCACCUGGACCAAAAUCUGGGGCUCCCCCCCUCCCCCCGGCCUGGGGCGCUCCUCUGCCUGGCUGCACCCCGACGUCAGCGUCUUCGUCAUCCUCCUCCUCUUCUUCGUCAUGAAGUUUUGGAUGUCUGCUGUUUCGACAACGAUGCCCAUCCCUUCUGGAGCCUUCAUGCCUGUCUUCUUACUCGGAGCCUCUUUCGGCCGACUCGUGGGGGAGAUCAUGGCUGCCCUCUUCCCCGAUGGGAUUCUGUUUGAUGGAAUCUUGUACCGCAUCAUCCCAGGAGGUUACGCAGUCAUUGGAGCGGCAGCACUGACCGGGGCGGUGACCCACACGGUGUCCACGGCGGUGAUCUGCUUCGAGCUGACGGGCCAGAUCUCCCACAUCCUGCCCAUGAUGGUGGCAGUGAUCCUGGCCAACAUGGUGGCCCAGGGCCUGCAGCCCUCGCUCUACGACUCCAUCAUCCAGAUCAAGAAACUGCCUUACCUCCCUGAGCUGGGCUUUGGACACAUCAGCCAGUAUAACAUCUUUGUGGAGGACAUCAUGGUUAGGAAAGUGAAGUUUCUCUCAUUACAGUCCACCUACAGGGAGUUGAUACACCUCCUGGAUUCCACUUCUCUCAAAACGAUACCACUGGUGGAUUCAACAGACUCUAUGAUCCUUUUGGGCUCCGUCGAGCGGUCAGAGCUCCACGCUCUCUGUGAUUGGUGGCUCUCUGCAGAGAGGCGGAUCCUCAGGCAGGAACAGCGUUUACAGGAACAGAACCAGUAUGCCAAAGACAGCUGGGAAUCCUUUGCCUUUGUGGAUGAAGAUGAUGAGGAGAGUGGAGAUAAGAGUACCCCAGUUCAGGAAGAGAGCAAUGGCCCCCUGCCAUCUCCUAAACCACAGGAGCCCUUGUCCAAUCACACAGCUCCUGAAAAUGGCCCUCUUCAGUCUGUUAGGAGAACUCUACGGAAUAUCUUCACCUCUCGAGACAGACAGGCAGAGGGACAGUCACAGGAGCCUUGCGCCAACCCUCUCCUGUCCGAUACGAUGACACCAGAAGAGCUGGUGCAGAUCAAAGAAUGGGAGGAGGCUGAGAUGGACAAGCCAAUGGAAAUUGAUCAGAUCCGAAUAGAUCCCUCCCCUUUCCAGCUAGUGGAGAGGACAUCAUUACACAAGACCCACACUCUCUUCUCAUUACUGGGCCUGAGUCAUGCCUAUGUCACCAGUAUCGGAAAACUGGUGGGUGUUGUGGCUCUUAAAGAGCUGCAAAAGGCCAUCGAGGGCUCCACCCGUAGCGGGGUCCGGCUACGUCCCCCUCUGGCCAGCUUCCGCAACACCAGCCAAAAGUCAUCCAAACCCCAGGCAACCUCAGCCCCCUCCUCCCUGACCACCCCCUCCUUCCCUCUCUCCCAGGCUCCCAUCUUCCCCCAUGCCACUGCCCCGCCACCUCCCCCGACACAGGAGGAGAUGGAUGUGUGGAUCGAGGGCACGAGGCGGGAGGUGGCGGAGGUGAACAGCAGUAGUAGUAGCAGCAGCGGAACGGGGAGCAGCAGUAGCAACAGUAGCCCCUCACUACCCCACUCCUUGCCCCUCUCCAUCCCCCUCACCUCGCCCCUCUCCAUGCCCCUCACCAUUGCCCUCUCCAUCCCCCUCGCCGCCUUCUCCUCUCCCCUCACCGCCCUCCGGCCUGUCGCAAAGCAGCAAGUGGAGGAGGAGAGUGAUGAUGAGCAGCCCAUCUAGCCUUAUAGACGAGUGAUGUUUUUUUAUAACGUUUUUUUUAUGGUGUGAAUUUCUCUUUUAGUCUUUCUCUAUCCCUCCAUUUUCUCUCUCUCCCUAUUGCCCUUUCCCUCUUUCGCUCUCUCGCUGUUCCUUCUCGCACCCUCUUUCUUCACUCGAUGAAUGAUGUCUGUGAAUCCACGAGGAGAAAUCAUCUGGGCUCGAUAGUAGUACUUGACUUUUUAAGAUUAGAAUUGGUGUCAUUGGUUUUAAACAGGAGACAAUGGCUACCAGUGGUGCUCCAAGAGCUAAAAAAUCAACAAGGCCCCAAAACGACCUUUACUAAACCCAUCCUCACCUUGGGAGGGAGUUUUAUGAUCACCAUGCUGGGCUGAUAGAUGACAGUGUUAAAUCAGACUGACGACAGCCAACUCAGAUGUAAUGAUGCUAGAGGUUUUCUACUUAAUGAUGCCAUGACUCCAGCUGAACAACUGCCAUCCCCCUCUGUAAUUUAGAUGAAUCGCUCACUUGAUGAUAACGCAAAACAAACAUACUGAUGACAUUAUUAUGAAACUUGGUGACUUUUACGUUGGUGACUUUUCCUACCUCCCAAAAAAAGCCGGGUUGUGUUCAUUAGGCACCAGAUGGAGGAAAACGGACUGAAACAGGGGGGGCUACCUCGACCUUGGCCAAUAAGAAAGGCUCAUUUUCGUUUUACGUUGCGAAAUGUUGUAAAACGUUACCCUUUGCAUGCCCUAAUAAACAAAACCCUAAUGUUCUUCUGACACAAAUCAAAUCAAAUUGUAUUGUUCACAUACACAUAUUUAGCAGAUGGUAUUGCGGGUGUAGCGAAAUGC